CUCGUCCAGGCCCCGCUUGGACUUUUUUUCGGUCAUGACACAACCAGAGGCGAAAGAAUGUGCAGAGAAAUUUGGUGGCCAUGCUUUGAGUCACCGACAUUUCCUCACGCCUGCACCCGGCACUCUUCUCUUUCUCUAUCUUACAUUUUUCCCUUCUUGACGGCUUGAAGGUGCCAUUUGGCCUGCUCGACUCUUCAAUUGACUUGCAAACAUGCCUGCUCUGGACGCCAGUGGCCAGCUCGAAACAAGUGACGAUGUUCGCGUCCUUGGUUACGACCCUCUCAUCUCACCCGCCCUCCUAGCCCACGAGAUUGCACCCACCAAGGUCUCACUCGAGACCGUUGUUCGUGGCCGACAGGAAUGUGUCGACAUCAUCACGCAAAAGGACGAUCGACUCAUGGUCAUGGUCGGACCCUGCUCGAUUCACGACCCAGACACGGCGCUCGAAUACUGCCAACGCCUCAAAGCGCUGGCAGACAAGCUCAAAGAUGAUCUCCUUAUCGUCAUGCGUGCUUACCUCGAGAAGCCGCGCACGACUGUCGGCUGGAAGGGUCUGAUCAAUGACCCAGACAUCGACGAGAGCUUCCAGAUCAACAAGGGCCUUCGCGUGUCGCGCAAGUUGUUCUGCGACUUGACAGGCAUGGGCAUGCCUAUUGCUAGUGAGAUGCUUGACACAAUCUCUCCUCAGUUUCUGGCCGAUCUGAUCUCCCUCGGCGCCAUCGGCGCGCGCACAACGGAGUCGCAGUUGCACCGGGAGUUGGCAAGCGGUCUGUCCUUCCCCAUCGGUUUCAAGAAUGGAACGGACGGUGGGUUGGGCGUUGCCGUAGACGCCAUUGGCGCUGCGAAGGCGAAACAUCACUUCAUGGGGGUGACGAAGCAGGGCUUGGCCGCUAUCACGCGCACGAAGGGCAACGAAGACUGCUUUGUGAUUCUCCGAGGUGGAACACGCGGCACAAACUACGAUCCUGACAGCAUCAAGGCUGCAAAGGAGGCGUUGGGCAAGAAGGGCCUUCGGCAAGUCAUGAUGGUGGACUGCUCACAUGGCAACUCUCUCAAGGACCACCGCAACCAACCCAAGGUCGCACAGUCGAUUGCCGAGCAGAUCUCCGCCGGCGAGACGGGCAUUGUUGGUGUCAUGAUCGAGUCAAACAUCAACGAGGGUAACCAGAAAGUGCCCCCAGAGGGACCCUCGGCGCUUAAAAAGGGUGUUUCCAUCACGGAUGCGUGCAUUAACUGGGAGACUACGGUCGAGGUGCUCGAGAAGCUAGCCGGUGCGGUAAGAGAGCGCAGAGCAUUGGCAAAAGGCGAGAAGCUCAACGGCAUCAACGGAAGCCAUUGAUUCAUACCCAUUCCUGUAGGCAUCAAGCCUUGAAAAAAUAAAGUUCAAAAAAAUGGUCUCUUGCGGCGACAUGACGUGAAUCAUGGUCGUGUGUGCCCUUGAGACGUAUUGUCGGCGGGCGUGCAUAUAUGUAUAUUCUGAGACAGCAGGAAGGAUUUGAAAGAAGCAUGUGACCUGCAUUUGAUGGCCGGGCAUUUUUGUUAUGAUGCUUUUAUUCUUACCAUUUUCAGAAAAAGUAAUCCAUUGAGAGUCAGAGGUCCUAGUCUAAAGUUGCAGUCAAUAGCACACCAUGAAAGUGCGAUUUCUUUUCUAUGCCCAGGAGUUGCCUGAACGCCAUCAUGUAAUUCUGGAGCGUCACAUAUCAGC